AUGGCUCUAGGUCUCAAGUCAGUCCUCAUCACCGGCUGCUCUGCUGGCGGAAUCGGUGGAGGUUUGGCAAAGGCCUUCCAUGACAACGGCUAUCACGUCUUCGCGACGGCACGGACGCCGUCCAAGAUCUCACAGUCGCUCGCUCAAGCACCAAACGUCUCGGUCCUGACUCUCGACGUGCUGUCUUCCGAAUCGAUCGCCGCCGCUGUCGAAAGCGUUUCCUCCGUCACGGGUGGCACGCUCGAUGUCCUGGUCAACAACAGCGGCCAGGCCAUGGUCAUGCCGGCGCUGGACACGUCGAUCGCCGAGGCCAAGAAGCUGUUCGAUACCAACUACUGGGCCGUUCUGGCUAUGAUCCAGGCGUUCGCGCCGCUGUUGAUCAAGGCCCGGGGCUACGUCGUGAACAACACCUCGGUGAGCGGCGUGGUCCCCUUCGGCGCCUUUGGCAGCAUCUACAACAGCUCCAAGGCCGCGGCCCUGCUCGGCAGCGAAACGUGGCGUCUCGAGCUGGCGCCCCUGGGCGUCCGCACCCUGACGCUCGUGACCUCGGCCGUCAAAUCCAACGGCUUUGUCAACAUGACACCCCCCAAAAUCCCCGAGACGUCGUACUACCGCGUGCUGCAGGGGUACGUUGAAGAACUGUGCGACGGCAGACUGCAAAAGGACGGCAUCACGGCCGAGGAGUUUGGCAACAAAGUCGUCGCACAGGUCAACAAGGGCAGGACGGGGAAAUACUGGGUCGGUGGAUCAGCGGCGUCUGCUCGCUUCGCUGCAUGGCUGCUGCCGGAUUUCCUAAUGGACAUGUUGAUGGCAUCCUUGUUCCCCUUUGCCAAAUUGCUCAAGGCCCAAUCCAGCAAGAAAGAGUGA